AUGGACCAACCUGAAAAAGUGGAGGAUAUGUUAGAAACUCCAGCAGAGGAAAAUUUGGAAGUAAAAAAUGCUGUAGAUGACAUGUUGGAGAAAAUAGAGGAAACAAGUGAAAAAAUUGAAGAUACAGAAGAAGGAAAUGAAAAAACAGAUGAAGGAAGUGAAAAAAUAGAUGAAGGGAGUGAAAGAAUAGAUGAAAAUGGUGAAAAAAUUGAUGAAGAAAGUGAAAAAAUGGGCGAAGGUGACGAGAAAAUAGAUUAUCAUGAUCAAGUUUUGGAAUAUUUAAUGAAUCAAGAACAAUAUGUUCCUGAGGAGGAUCACUAUCCAGAGCUUGAACCUAAAGAAGUUGUUGAAAAAACUGCUAAAGAUGUUUUAUCACAACUUUUAACAGACGUAGAUAAUAUAACAUCAUUCAAAGAGGCGUAUGCUGAAAAAAAACAACUAAAUAAUCAGUUUGAAUUGUUCGAUUUGACUAAAAUAAUACCAAAUUUUCAUAUUGACGAUAAAGUAAUGGAGAUGAUGGCUUUUAGAGAAACUCUUUUAAUCAGUAAAGUCGAUAGUAAAGGUCAAGCAGAACCCGUGGGUGGCUUUUGUCUUGAUGUGCAAGCGGCAAAUGGAGAGCAGUGGGAUAAAUCAAGAAAAUCACCAGAUUUCACAACGGCACUUUUGAAUGCUUGUAAUGACAUCAAAAAGAGGUAUAAGGAAGAUGUAGAAAACGAAGCAAAAAAAGACCUGGAGGAAUAUUCCAAGUUCUUAGAAGAAGAAAUGAAAAAAUAUCACAAAAAAUUCCUUAUACAUCUAUCCACACAAUUUAAUGUGGAUGGUAAAAACGCAGGAUCUAGAUUGACAGCUUGGGCAGAUAAAAAUCUACAUACACUUGAAGAAAAGAGAACAGAAUACAUAAUGACGACCAGAAACGAAGAACAGAUUCUGGAUCAGAAACAACUUUACAUAUACAUUGGAAAGAAGCAUUUUGAUGUCAGAGUCGUUCCAUCCAAGGACUUAUGUAAAAAAUAUUGCUACAGUUUUCGAAGGGCACAGAAUUUUAUUGGAGAAGCAGUGAAUUUCAUUUUGUUGAGAUAUUUGGCUAUUACCAAAUUCAUAGGUGAAUUUGAACUUUCUGCCAUACAUAUCGAUGGAGGCUUAUGCAGAAAUAUAUAUCAAUGUGAAGGACCAAUGGGAGGAUUUAUAAACAACGAAAAAAUUGAUGUGUACAAAGUUUAUAGAACAAUUGUUGAAGAAUGCGGUAUUGUUCAAAGAUCUUGUACCCUGCUCUCUCUGGAUGGAAGGAUUAUGAAGCACGAUUGGGAGAAAUGCGACUAUGUACUUCAGAUUAACCCCAUUCUUUCGCCACAAGAAAAAACUGCAACGAUGGUCCUCCAUUUUGACGAAAUAUGGAAGUACGACCUCCAAUUGUUCUCAAAGUACCUAGAUAAAAAGUUGGCAGCUUCCUCUCACAUGAAAUCUUAUCUCUACGACCACAAGGAAAUUGGAAGCCUCAUAAAUGAUUAUGUACAGAAUAUUCUGCAGAUUAAACCUGAGAAUAUAAUCCAAUUCACUAAACACUACUUUUUGAGCUAUGCACCUUAUCUACUACCAAGAGCGGAAUAUUUUGAACAGGACGUUAAUAAAUGUUUCUACAAUGAAGAAAAUUCCAAUAAUGACAAUAUGAAUAUUUGAUAUUGUACUUGCGAAUAUAUUGAAAUAAGAUCAUUGUA